AUGGCGGAAGCAGCAUUCGCCAAAACGUUCCUCUCAACCCUCGACUCCCGCCCAAUCAAGCUCUCCGCAGACCACGUCGAAGAUGCCAAAUCCUUUCCCCCGCGUCCGCCCUACAUCCUCCCACGGAUGCCCAGCCCCAUGAGCAAGCCCAAGACCCUGCUCCCCGGCCAAGAGCGCAGCCUCACCGUGACCCUCAAGUCCCUGCGCAACCCGCCGCUGGACCUAAAGCUCACCUCGCAGCCGCUCAACACAUCCAUCCUCGACAUCAAGACCAAGGUCGCACAACAGACGAGGAUACCAGUCGAAAAGAUGAAGAUUCUGCACAACAAGCGGCCGCUGACGGACAGCAAGGUCCUCAAGGACGUGGCGGGCGCCUCGGAGCUGCGGGUCGACUUUUCCGUCAUGGUGAUGGGCGGCGCGGCGGCCAUACAGCCCGAGAGCAGAGAGGACGCGCCGGCCAAGGCCAGCGGGUGGGACGCGCUGACGACGGAUGCCUUUUGGGACGAUCUGAAGGGGUUCCUGCAGCAGCGGCUCAAGGACGAGGCCGCAGCCGCCGAGUUGGGGACCUUGUUUCAGCGGAGCUGGGAGUCUAGUCGUUCCGGACCGUGA